GAUUGCUCAUGUCUGGAACUGGUCCGUCCAAUAUUAUCGUUCCCCACAUGGCGUGUAAACUACAGCGGAAGAAAAUCGUAACUGAAGAGCAAAGAAUAUAAGCUACAAACACUUCACACAUCAUAAUCGAAAAUAUGACUUACAUGUAGUUUAAUUAAGUGUAAUAAAGCAUAUUUAAGUAGCAGUCACCAUGGGAACAGAGAAGAGUUUCUGUCCGAGUGAUGAGGAGAUUGAGAAGUGGAUGUCCAGCGCCUUUGACAUGGCGAGAGACGCUCUGCAGAACGGAGAGGUGCCGGUCGGAUGUCUGCUCGUCUACAACCAUGAAGUGGUGGGCAGAGGGAGGAAUGAAGUCAACGAGACCAAAAAUGCCACGCGUCACGCUGAGAUGGUUGCCCUGGAUCAGCUGCAGGACUGGUGUCGCCGCAGUAACCUGGAUGUGAGCGGUGUGUGUGAGCGUACGGCGCUGUACGUCACCGUGGAGCCGUGCAUCAUGUGUGCUGCAGCGCUGCGUCUGUUCAAGCUGCCGGUGGUUGUGUUCGGCUGCAGGAACGACCGGUUCGGAGGCUGUGGAUCCGUGCUGGACAUCUCCUCUGCAGUUUUACCUCAGACAGGAAACACGUUUAAGUGUGUUUCAGGUCACAGAGCAGAAGAAGCUGUGGAUAUGCUGAAGACUUUCUACAAGCAGGAGAAUCCAAACGCCCCGAAGCCCAAAACAAGGAAGGAGUGACUGAGCUGUCCCGCACAAAUCAGCCGUUUUUAUUUUGAAUCUUUUCACCUUUUUUAUCACUUUUAUUAAAUGUCAUUACACAGUAAACACUCCUGUGUGUGUUUCAUACAGACUUCCUCAAACAUUAGUGGCUGUUCUGUCAAUCUGCCAGAAGGGGGGGCAGUGGACCGGCUGCUGUAACUCCAGUUAAACCCCCCCCCCCACACACACACACACACACACACACACACACACUAGAGAGGUGAAAUGAAACGGUUUCAAUGCUAAACAUCGAAAACCUGAGCUUUAUUAACAAAAGCGCUGAGUCAUCUUUUGUGCGUCUUAAUAUUUGUCACCUUUCAUAAAUAAACUGCCAUAAAAACUGUGAAAUGAAUUGCAAUACUUACAAUAAAUAAAACGUUGUAAUAAUAAAUACUCUUGCGCUG